AUGCACGUGCGAAACAUCCUCGCUUCCGGCGGCCUCGCCGCCAAGCUAUUCGUGCUGUUCCUCUGCGUCUUCCAAGUCGCAGCCGAAGCCGACCAUGGCGCUCCUCGCCACCCACGCGAGUUUGUUGCGAGGGGUAGACCAGGCGGACAACCUCAACGCCCAGCUUCAGGCGGUAGCGCUAGCGCUGCUCGUCCAGCCGGCGCCGCUGGGCCCUAUAACGGCCCAUGGCAUCAGCGUACAUGGUACUCAACCCUGAGGAAGCGCUUCGACGAAGUCCCCGUCGACGGCGACAACGGUAUCCAUACCGAAGAAUUUCUCGAUGCGUCCCAAUCCCUACCAUCCUUCUUCGACCUACUCGGCCAAGUCGCCUUCCGUCCAGCCAGGAUCGACAACGAGCAAAACAUCAAGAAGAUCCGCGACUAUUUCAACGGCCACCGUGACCAAGCGGGCACUUUGCAAAAGCUCGUCCAGAACGAGAAGAACAGCGGCGUCAGCUACACCGGCUCAGCGAGCGAAGCCCUCAGCUGGCUCGCGCGCACUCUGGACUUCACGGUGAAGUCGCUCCGCAAGGACCUCGACGACAACAAGAACUCGCCGCCGGAUGACGCGAAUCCCAAGAAGCCGCUGUCUGAGGCUUUCAAGAAGUCGUAUCCGGAUACUCUCAAGAUGUAUCACAACGACUAUCAGAAGGCGCUGUUUGCUGCGAGUUGGGAUCUUGUGCCGGCGAGGAGGACUUUCUACCAGAGACUCGCGGCUGAUGAUAGUGCGCAGGCUGCGUCGGAGGAUACGGAGAAGUGGGUGUCGGCGUUGGAGAAGAUCAACGACAUCUUGAGCUUUGUAAACCAGCCGCAGAAUAGGUGGUGGUAUUGA